AUGGUGGCUUGGUGGAGGUGUUACGACCAAGAUUCUGACCUGGCUCCAACAGAUCCAGACCAGGUGAAGGAUCCAGCGAAGAUCGGCGGAUACGCUUCGCUAUCAUCCAUGCUGGGAGCCAUGUCUUCUUUCUUUGGCUUGGACAAAGAGUUGGAAAAUGCCAAGAAGUCCAGCCUGAAAGAAGAGGAGUGUCCGGAGAAGGCAGAUGCAGAGGAAGCUUUUGCCGAGGGAGACCUGGUAGACAUUUGGAACUACGAGAGCAGCUCUUGGGACCUUGGCGCCGUGGUGAAUCAGGUGUUAACAUCUCCGCUUGCACUGGGCGGUGCGAGCUUGCCAGCAGGAUCGAUUCUUGUUGCAUCCAAUGGUGCGCUCAGGUGGUUGACCCCUGAUCUGGUGAACCUGAUUGUGCGCCGUUCGGAUGGUGUGCCAGCUGAUACUUCGGAGUCCGACAGCUUGAACCUCAAGCCUGCGGUGGACGUUGCUUCAACCAACACAUCGCAGCCAGACGACGAAGAUGCGGUCAACAAAUCCCUUUCAGCAUCCACGGCAGCUAGCGGAAGGCAAACGCCAACCUCAGCACCUGAUGUUCCACCUGAUACGCAGCCUGGCCCAGUCCAAGCCAGCACCUCACACGUAGCGCAGCCUGCUGCAGAUGUCGAUGACGAUCCUGGCCAUGAUGUCAGUCCAACCAGCAGCACAGGAUCACAGGCAGCCAGUUCUGUCAAGCCAGUGCCCAGCCUCUCGCAGGCAGCAACUGUCAUUGCAACACUCAAAGUUCCCGAUGCCGUUGGUCCAAGCACUGACUUUGAUGGGACGCCGGUCUCCAGUCGACAAACCUCACCAUCUGCAACUCCAAGGGCAAGUGUCCCCUUACUUGAUAAAGGGUUUCGGGUUUAG